UUUGUAAAAUGAAGUGUGUGACUGUGGUUUUGCUGUUUGUGGCCGUAGGAGCCAUCAACGGUUUGCCACCGGUGAACCACGGCGUUCAGACAUCAGACAUUGGAACUACUGUUAGCCAAGGAGAAGGUGUCACCAAGAAGGACGGACAUGCUCUCUUGGAGGCUAACACACAGCACGACCAUGCACGCGCUCAUAAUGAUCUGAGUGGACUCGGAAGAAAUAGUCAAGUGAUUUCCCAGCAAGGAGGUGCGACACGACAAAACUCCUUCGAGAGCUCCAAUGAUUCCAGUGAGCUCUUGCUGGAAAGCAAUGGAAAUAAUGCAUACAACAGUCAAGCGAACCAAGGUUCUCAGAACGGGGAAAACCAAGGUGAAGCUGAUCAGUACAAUAUUCAAAGAAUCAUAGCAAACCCUGGAGCACCGAUAGUGUUACAGAGAGGCCCAGUUGAUCAAGUAUCCCAAACUCAUCACGCAAACCAAAGUCCGGUUGAAACCAUAACAAAUAAACAUAAUGGAAUUUACAGAGGUGGUAAUGGAAAACAUGUCGGUCUAACUGGAAUUGUUGAUGAAAACCGUGGACAGUCAAUUUCGAAUGAACAUAUUGCUAACUUUGGCAGCGGCGGGUAUGUCAAUGGUGUUCUGAAUAAAGCACAUGGUAAUGGUCAAUACGUGAGUGGGAUUGGACAACGGAAUUACCAGGGAGGUCAGUCUGGAAUCCAGGUACAACAUGGACGAAAUGUUGGAGAGCUUAUUGGUAACAAUAAUCAUGGAAUUGAUAUUUCAAAACAUGUAUCCGGAUAUCAAGGCUUUAAUUCGAAUCAUUUCGUAAAUGGAGGUGCACGUCAGUUUGCAAGUGGUUCUGGAAUUCAAGAUUCUGGAGAAUUAGUGGAAGAAGUUCUUUCUCACGGUCAUGAUGCUACCCAAUAUGCUGCUGGAUCUAACGAGGAUUUAAGUGGAGUCUCAAAUCACGGAAUAACAUCAGAUCUUUUAAGAGCAGCUGGACACCAGAACAGUAACUCCGGAAAGUAUUUGGAAGGAGUUCUCACCCACGGAUUUGAAGCUAACCAAAAUGCUGGUUUGAACGGGCAUUUAAGAGAAGUCUUAAAUCACGCUGUAAACUCGGGCCACUUGGUUGGUGGAACUGGAAACCAAGGUAACUCUGGAAAAUAUUUAGAAGGUCUUACACAUGUUCAUGAUGUCUCUGCGAAUGAAUUCGAGGGAAGUUUGGAAGGACACUUAACUGGUGCCCUUAACCAUGGAAUUAAUGCUGGUCAAGCUGGACACCAACUCGCAAAUUCUGGAAAAUAUUUAGGUGGAGAAUUUGGACUUCACGACGCUUCUCAUUAUGAAGCAGUUGGUUCAAAUGGGCAUUUAAGUCAGAUCCUCAGUGGAAUCAAAACUGGUCAAUUUGUAGGUGGUAAUGGAAACCAAGGUGCUAAUUCUGGAAAAUAUGUCUACGGUGCAGAUUCUAAUGAGGAUUUAAGUAGUGUUAUCAGUCAAGGAUUAGACGCAGCUCUUUAUAUAACCGGGGCUGCAAAACAGGGACUAGACUCUGGGAAAUAUCUGACUGGAGCUCAUACUAAUGGGUACCAAGGAACUGAUUCACAUGAGUACUUCCAUGAUAUCUUACAUCGUGCCCUUGGUGCCGUGAAGACUGGACCUGUAGAUGGAAAUAAUUCUGGACAAUACGCAAUUGAUGAUGGCGAUCAUAAUACAAAAUACAUCAGCGAUCUUUUAACGAAAGCUCAAAAUAUCUUAAAAUAUAGAAGUGGGGCGUCUAACGGAUUUGGGAAUAAUCGUGGUAGAUACGUCAAUCUUUCUGGUAACAAGGGUAUAAAUUACGGCCCUAACCAAGGAAUAAGAUACUAUAAUGGUGCUAAUGGUCAGUAUGUAAGCAACCCAUCGCCUGUCAUUAUUGCUGAUGGUAGUGGCAGUUACAAUGUUGGAGCAUCUGGUCAGAUAGCGAAUGGCCCGGGACAUAAUAGCUACUACAGAGACGGAGUAUUCGGUUCAGGACUCGAUUUCAUCUCUGGCACAGAGGGAGUUCAUCCUGCUACUAAAUUCAGAUCUGCCCUAGGAAGUUUGGACUUUACAGGGCACGCAUUAGCAGGAGUAAGUUCAGGAAUCAAUGGAGUUGAUAAGAACAAAUCAUUCCCAUUCAAACAUACUGAUGGAACCGACGAUUCAGCUGUCAAUGCCGAUGCUUCUAUUAAGGUUGCUUCUGGUGUUGUACUUGACAAAGAUUCAGUGUCUAAAAAUAAGGAUAAAACUGGAGCUGUACCUGGAGACAGCGAUACUAACGCAAUUACUGCACAAGCUGGUUCCACAGUAACCACCACCAGUGACCAAAAACUUACAGACAGCAAUUCUGAUGAUUCUGGUCAUAAGGUUGUAAAUGAUGAGGAUGACUAUGAUACAACAUUGAUAAUCGAAACCAAAGAUGAUGCCGAUAAAAAUGAAGGUGAUAUAUCGACCACUGUUGAUAAUCAAUCAUCAACGAAAAAUACUGAUACUUUGAAGAAUAAGAUAAAUAACAACUCUGGAACGGACAACAACAACGAUGGAACUUCUAAGAAUAAUUUGGAUGUAUCUAAAGCAACGGGUGAUAAAAAUGAUUCAAAGGAUGGAAAUAAUAUUGGAAAGCAAGGCAAUGAUGAUGUCUCGUUAGACACUACUAAGUCAGUCAAAACUGCAGAUUCCUCACAGGUAGACAAUUUAAAUGAUAAUGACCAAAAUAACAACGGCCCGAUAGACUCGAACAGCAAAAAUAUUGGAUCAGACACAGACAAUGACAAUAUUGUCUCUGAUCACAGUGCUGUCAGCGCAUCCGCUAAAAAUACUGACGUAAAUAACAGUCACAGCGACAAAAAUACCAUACAAACUGAUAAAAAUGACAAUUCUGGUGAUGACGUAUCCAGUAAAGAUGACACAGCAAGUACAACUGACAAAACGUCAGAUGGUCAAAAUAGUGGUGAUGAUAACAAUACCGAUAAAGUUAAAGAUUUGAAUAAAACUUCUGGAUCUUCAAAUGGCAAAGAUUCUGACUCAGCAGAUGGUAAUGAUAAUGGAUCGGUAAAGAAUGAUGAUUCGUCUGUUACUGAAAAAUCUGUUAAUAGUUCGAACUUGGUCCAAGACAAUUCUGACUCUGACGGUGACAACAAAAAUCUUGGAGAUGAUACAGCAAACGUGACCAACGAAACUGAAACUGAUAAUCAAAAUGGCAAGGAAGCGGGCAGUAACGAUAGUCAAACGAAUAAUGAUAUAUCUGACAGCGGCGCCGGCGAUGUGAAUGCUCCUUCAAACAAUGAUGAUUCAUCUGUUACUGACAAAACUAUAAGCGCUACGAAUGAUGGCGAUGGAAUCAAUAAGGACAAACACACUAAUUCUAUUCAGACAGAUUCAGCAAUUGCUGAUAAUGAUAGCUCCACAAAGGUAGAUGAAAAUAACCAGACUUCCGGAUCUGCAAACAAUGGUGAUUUAUCGGUUACUGACAAAACUUCUAAUGCUGCAAAUGCUGAUGACGGGAGCAAAAAAGAUAAAAUCAAUGAUCACAUUCAUAACAUUUUGACACACAAAACGGAUGUUAAAGAUUCCCCAGUUCAGAACAAAACAUCAGGUUCAGACGGUAUUAGUAAUGACGGUCAAAAUGACGCUUUAGGAGCAGCAAAUGAUAACCCAAAAACUGUCAAUAAUGAUCAAUCCAGCCAAGAUGAUUCAACAAGUGUAACCGACAUUAACAAAACUGGUAUUCAAAAUGGCGACAACAUCGGUAAAGAUUCCGAUAAAACAGUUGAAGCAUCGAAAUCUAUAAAUGUCGAAGAUUCUAAUUCUGGCAGUGUAGUUGACAACGGAUCUGCAACGAUUGAUCAUACAACUGACAAAACUACUGACAUUAAAAGUAAUGACGAUGUAGACAAUUCAGGUACCUUGGUAACUGAUAAGGAUAUUAAUGACGGUAAAGACACUGACAAUAUUAAUAAAACUUCGAACAUCGAUGAUUCUGACACCACAGAAGGCAGUAAUAUUACAGCCAAUAACGACGCGUUAGAGAAAACGUUAGCUACAGAAGGUACUAGUAACGACGACCAAAAUAACGAAACGUCAGGAUUAACAAACGAUGACAAUUCUACUGGAAAUUCUGACCAAUCUAUUAAGGAUGACACAACAAGUGUGAUCGACAAAAAUGAUAAUGGUAGUCAAAAUGACGACAAUAAGGACACAAACGGUAAUGAUUCCGAUAAAACAUCUAACUCUAUCGAUGGAAGUGAUAACAGCGCUCUAACCAAUGAUGAUACAUCUUUAACUGACAAAACUUCAGACUCUAAAGAUAAUGUAAACAAAAACCACAUAAUACAUCACCAUAUUCAACCAAUUUGGAGACACAGAAACAAAAAGAACGAUCAUACCGAUUCUGGAAACACCGACGGUACUUCAUCUACCAUUAUUGAUAAAUCUUCUGCAACCGAUAGCAAUGAAGAUACUGUAAACACGAAUAAAGUAACGGAUAAUAAUAAAGACGCUCCAAACGACGUCGGUUCUGACGGAGGAAACAGUAAUGGUGAUGGAUCCAUAAUUGAUAAUGACUCAAUUGUUAAUGACAAAACUUCAGAUGACACAAACACUGGAGAAAAGAGUGUUAAUAUUGAUCAUCAAGACUCCAAACAUGUUGAUGUCAACACUUCUUCGACAAAUGUAAAUAAAUCAGCUGUAACUGACAAUACUUCAGACGCUGGAAAUACCUCUAGUAACGAUAACAGUGAAACUGAGAAAUCGAGUACAACAACAACUAGCUAUGAUAGUUCUGACUCUACUAAUAGUAGUGUUGAUCAAUCCACAAACAACGACAACGAUGAAAACACUUCUUCUACACAAACUGAUAAAUCAACUGUACCUUCAACAGAUGGUAAUUCAGGCAGCCAAGGCCAAAUUUCAAAAGACCAGACAAUAACCGAAGACAAGAAUGACACAGACAAUGUUGUAAACAGUAACCAAAAUGACAAUGAUGCUAACAAGGAUUCUAAUAAGAACGUAGAAUCAUCGAAAGAUGAUAACUUUGAUGAUGGUAGCGAUGACGGAUACUUGAACAAUGACGGUUCAAAUUCAAAUGAUAACAUCAAUGAUAAGACAGAGAAUGUAAAUGAUGACGAUGGUACGAACAGCAAUAACAACGACGAUUCUAAUAAAACUGACAAAGUAUUGGACUCCGCAACAGAUUCUACCUCUGCAGGUAACGAUGAAAAUGGAACCAAUAUCGAUGGAAAUUCGGGAAAUACUGAAAAAUCUUCAGAUGUUAUAAGUACUGACAAAGAUAACAGUGACAGCAACAAUGGCCAGUCUGCAAAUGAAGAUAGUAGUGACCAAUCUACAACCAAUGACAAAAAUAUAGGAAAUCAGAUCAAUAAUGGAAAUACCGCUACAGUGAACAAUACUGAUGGAAGCACAUCAAGUGUUGGAUCUGACACUGAAAAUAAAAAUGAAAAUGGAUCUGCAAACGUUGACCAAACAGUAGUUGAAAAUAACUCAUCUUCAAGUUCUGUAACUACUGAUGGUGUUGAUAGCAACAGUGGCAACGAUGACUCUAACAAUGAUAAUAUAUCAAACACAACAGAAAAUAACAAGAACAGUAAUGUUCCUAGCUCUGAUGAUGACCAAUUAAAGAAUCAAAACGCAUCAGUAGUUGGCAAAAAAGAUAAAAAUCAUACUAAAAACUGGUCGAAACUUCACAGAGUUUUGAAACACAGGCGCAGACACCAUACACCAAGCAAAGCCGGUCAUAGCAACACAGGAGAUGAUGCAUCACCAACAAAUGCAGACAAAAAUCAAAGCGUUGCUGUUCAUAAAUCCUUAUCUGCAACUAACAAUUUCUCAGCAUCCAAAGACCAGACUUCGAGUUCUAAAGACGGUACAGACAGUCAAACUAUUACGAGCAAUCAAUCGAACACUAAUGAUGAAGUAACUCAAACAGUUACAGAUCAAAAUAAUGAUAACGGAAACGACAAAUCAUCAGACAGCAAUAACACAGGAGGGGAUAGUACCACUGUAUCUGACGUAAAUAAUGAUGACAAUAACAAAACUGAUUUAAACAAUCAACCAUCAGUUACUGAACAAAGUCAAACUGUUUCAACUACUUCCACUACUAGCACCUCAAGUACUAACGUAGAUAAAGAUUCAUCAUCGAAUGUAAACGGUGAAGUUUCUGAAUCCUCAACGACUGUUAGCAACAAUGACAACACUUCAGAUGCUACUGAUUCUACUGAUGGAAACAGCAAUGAUGUUUCAUCAGCAACUGUUACAAUGAACUCGAAUGAUUCAACUAACAAGAACAAUGGAAAUGAUGCCACUGAUUCAAAUACUAAUUAUGCAAACGCUGUGUCUAAGACUGAAGCCGGAUCAGACAGCCAAACGAACGAAUCUCAAUAUAAUUCAAGUCAGUCUAAAAGUACAAGUAAAACAACCAGCUUCGUAACUAACAAAGCUGCCACUAAGAAGAAUAAGUUAGCUGAAAUCCUUAUAAGAGUAACACAGAAUAAAGCGAAAAAAAAUCAAAAUGGCGGCAACUGUAUUGGACAGUCUAGAAAUGCAGCUUUAGGCAACCAGCAAUCUGACAAUUCAAAUUCUGACGUUUCUAAUCACCAAGAGUCUUCUAGUUACUCGAGUUCAGCAGGUGUAUCACUUUCGAAAGAAGAAAGUGUUACUAACACAGGAGACAAAACUAUUGAUGAAAAGAAAUCUGAAGCUAGCGGUCAUAGUGAACAGAGUCAGGAUUCUCAGUACUAAGAAGAAAGGGAUUCUGCCAUAAGAAAGUUUUCGUCUCAGUCCUAUAAUUUUAGAAAAUGCAUUGUAAUUUUUACUUAUUGUGUAGAAGUACUUCACUUCAGUAAAGUUUAUUUUUUGCUUUG